AACAUUAAAGAAAAAAUAAUAAUUACAUUUAGGAUAUAUCAGUGACGCGCACCACGUGACGUCCUUUCCGGUCUAACCUGACAACAUGGACGCCAGCCGCGUGCAGCCGAUCAAGCUCGCAAGAGUCACCAAGGUGCUCGGAAGAACUGGUUCCCAGGGACAAUGUACACAGGUCCGUGUUGAGUUCAUGGACGACAGCAACCGUUCCAUCAUCAGGAACGUGAAGGGCCCAGUCAGAGAGGGAGAUGUGCUGACACUCCUGGAGUCCGAAAGAGAAGCCAGGAGGCUGCGAUAGUGCCCGCUGACGCUGUGAGGUGCAGGUCCAGUACUGUGAACCAGAAGACCCGUCAGUUUCACUUGAAAUGGCUUUCGAUCUCACUUGUUCAGAUGCUUUGAAAUAAAUUUGGUUAUUAAGAUGA